UUGGACACAAUUUUUAUUUGUUCAAGUCUUUUGGUUUGUAUCCGACUGGGAGAAGACAAACGAGGAUUAUCACAGAGGAAGGCAGAGACGGACAGGUGGAUAAAACUCACGAUUUUCCUAGAAGCCGUAUCCAAGACAGCGCUGCAAUCAUGGGUGAAUGGGGCUUCCUCAGUGGACUCUUUAACAGCCUCCAGGCCCUCUCGCCGAUGCUUGGCCGUUUCUGGCUCUUUCUCAUGCUCGUCUUCAGGAUACUGAUCCUGGGAACUGUGGCCAGCGACCUGUUUGAAGACGAGCAAGAGGAGUUUGCCUGCAACACCCUCCAGCCAGGCUGCAAACAGGUGUGCUACGACAUGGCCUUCCCCAUCUCCCAGUACAGAUUCUGGGUGUUUCACAUCGUCCUCAUCGCCACACCGUCCCUGGUUUUCCUCAUGUAUGUCAUGCAUCACCGCAACAAGAGGGACACCGGCUCUAAAUCCAGCAAAACCAGCUUUAAAUCCAGCGAACCCAGCUCUAAAUCCAGCGAACCCAGCUCUAAAUCCAGCGAAACCAGCUUUAAAUCCAGCGAACCCAGCAGCCAGCACAACAGAGAAGAGCGCCAUUUGAGGAGGCUGUACAUUGUUAAUGUGGUCUUCCGCCUAUUGGCAGAAUUGGGCUUUCUAGUGGGCCAGUGGAUGCUGUACGGCUUCAAGGUGGAGGCCCAGUUCCCCUGUAGCCGCUUCCCUUGCCCCCACACGGUGGACUGCUUCACCUCCCGCCCUGCGGAAAAAACAGUCUUCCUCUGCUUCUACUUCGCUGUAGGUGUGAUAUCGGCGGUUUCCAGCUGCGCGGAGCUUUUCUACAGCUCCAUGAAGUGGUUCUGCUCGAGCCAGCCGGCCUUCGACCAGCCGGCCUUCGACCCGGAGCGCCAGAACCUCGACAACACCAAGCGCGAGGAGGAGGAGGAGGAGGUGGUGAAGGAGAAACCGCGAGGAAGGACAGUGUCGGAGAGCAUGGCCAGCAACACGAGGCUGAAGGGGGGGGUCACGAGCAGGAAGGUCUCCAGCAUUACAAGCACAGGCGAUGAUUGGAGACAUAAGGAAAUGCUUGGUAGACAGUCAUAAGAUCAGGAAAUGAGCAUGAAGAAGAUGCUCUGAUAAGGCCGGCGCAUUGUUGACUUGUUUGGUCUCAUGAAUCAUUACGGACCAUAAACAGUUCAGGCGGAAAAAAGACUUAAUUAUGCUUGAUACACUCAGUUUAACGCUGACUGGGUCUUUGUUUCAAAGAGAACUGGUUACGGCCUUGUGCCACGCGAACAAUAGUGAACUUUGUUAUUCCAGUGAUUUCAGACAGUGAAGUCCAAGUAUAUACAGUAAAUGAAGAUAACUGAUAGAAACCAUUUCCGGUCUCUAUUUGAGUGCGUGCGCGUGUGCGUGUGUUUCCUUUAAAGAAGUAGAUAUUUGCUAAAGAAACUCACCACCUCACUCAUAUCUGUCUUCUAGUCAAUGGUCUGUGCAGUUAAAAUAAAGCUAUCGCCAGCAGCUGAUUAGCUUAGCAUAGCACAAACACUGGAAACGGUUGUCCAGAGCUUUAAAAAAACAAC